UUUGAUGAAGUAGACAAGGCCCACCCUGAUGUUCUUACUAUCAUGCUGCAGCUCUUUGAUGAGGGUCGCCUCACAGACGGUAAGGGGAAGACCAUCGAAUGUAAAGACGCCAUCUUUAUCAUGACAUCUAACAUUGCAAGUGAUGAAAUCGCCCAGCAUGCACUGCAGCUUCGUGAGGAAGCUGAGGUGCUAAGCCGCAGAAAGCUGGCCGACAACCUCGAGGACGUUCAGAAAAGUGAUGACAUCAAAAUCUCCCGACAGUUUAAAGAAUCUGUGAUUCGACCGAUCCUGAAGGCUCAUUACCGGAGGGACGAGUUUCUGGGUCGGAUCAAUGAAAUUGUAUACUUCCUGCCGUUCUGUCACUCGGAGCUGCUCCAGCUGGUCAGCAAAGAGCUCAACUUCUGGGCUAAGAAGGCGAAGCAGCGCCAUGACAUCACUCUUCAGUGGGAGCGCCCGGUUCUGGAACUGUUGGCGGGGGGGUAUAACAUGCAUUACGGCGCACGCUCAAUCAAACAUGAGGUUGAGCGGCGUGUUGUCAACCAGUUAGCGGCAGCGUACGAGCAGGAGCUGCUGCCCAAAGGUUGCACCCUGCGUCUGUCUGUCCAACCAGAGGACCUGCAGGAGCAGAGCACGCCCAGUCUGCGCCUUGAGGUGGUAGGAGAGGACAGCAAAUCCAGAACACUGGACAUACGUCCACCGCUCAGCCCUGAACACUAAGACAGAAACACAGAGGAUAUAUCCAGAUAUUUAUGCACACUUUCCACACACACAUAUCCUCAUCAUCAUCAUCAUCGUAGUGUCAGCAGGAUAGAUGCUUCCUGAUGGAUGUUACAAAAUAAAGGUACCUCUGAUGAACGCAUCACUGCCUCUCUGUUUCAGUACACACAUGCAGUAAUUACAUGCCAACUUUUCAGCAAUAUUGCAGUACAAUAUCUGCAAACAAUGUUUGCUGUAAGCUAUAAAGUCAACUUACUUGACCGUUAAAGUUUGUUAGAACAGACGUUUGUACCAGCUGGGUGCUGAUAGCAAGAGCUGUGCAUACACUUAUUAGAUAUAAAACUAUUAAAUAAAUGUAAAUAUGUUGCAGGUUGUAAAUGUAGAGGCGUCAGCGUGCCUGUGCAGCUUCAUGAACAUAAAACAUCUCAUCAGUGGAGUGAAACCCUCUUAUUAGUCAAAAUAUAAGCUUUGCAUCAAAGUAGCUGUGACAUAGUAAUAAUUCAAUGUCCACAUUGUAGUGUAGAUCACUGAAAACAGCCAAAAUAAAUAAUAUUUUUUAGAGAUAUAAAUAUGUAUGUAAAAAUAAUUAUUAGAUUAAACAUCUGACAUUGGUAGGAUGAAUGGCAGUUUUGUCAUUGCAUGCUUUGGCAGAGUCAAGACAACAACUAAAUCUAAAUGGAUAUUGAUAGAGCAUUAACGGGUAGCAAACAAACCUUUUUAAUACUUAAAAAGGAAUUUGAUUUAGGAAUUUAAAUGUUUUGCCAAAGUUGGAUGAAUAACAUCCAGUUUGUCCAUUCGCUGUAAAAAAAAAGGGAAGUAUUCAUGACCAAAGAUAGUUUGACAUUGCUUCAGAUCGUUGUUCACAUUAAUGCAUAAUUUUACUCACCAGCAGAGCAUCACUGAUAAAUGUUUGUAAACACAAUCUGCUUAUUCCUUUUAUUUUAGCAAAAAAUGGGUUUGUGGAGAAAUACUAAGCAGAAAUGUAAAGCAGCCCAUUUGAAUGAUGGGUAAUAUAACUGCCUUGUGAAUUGUUUUUGUUGAUGCAUGUUAAUAUAAAGAAGUCUCGUCUGUCACAGUGUGUGUCUGCGCAGGCAAGUCUAUCUGACAUUAAGAGUCAUAAAGAAAUAAUAUUCAAAGUGUCGUUUCAUAAAUGUUUCAACAGCAUGUUGACAAGACGCCAAAAUGUAAUCGAGCGACAUUUUUCAUUCUUGUAUCCCAACCUCCACCGCGUAAAUAAAGUCAUCACAACAAAA